AUGGUCCGAAUCGCGAUUGCUGGCGGCUCUGGCAAUGUUGGACGAGAGAUCCUAGAUGCUCUGGAUGUCCCUGCCACCGAUUUUGGCCCAGGAGUUAAAUGGAUCAAGACAAAUUACAACGAUGUUGCCCACUUGUCUCAAGUGCUAGAAGGGGUUCACACUGUUCUCUCUUUUGUCGCCGGACCCGUCGAUCCAACGAACGUCGCACAGAGAGAUACGCAAAAGAAUUUGAUCGAUGCAUCCAUCAAAGCUGGCGUUAGACGAUUUGCCCCAAGCGAGUGGGCUUCUUCCAAACUGGAGUACAUGUUCUGGUACGGCUUCAAGGAAGAGACUCGAAAGUACCUCGCAACCGUCAACAAAGACAAGAAGGUCCUCGAAUACUGUCUGUUCCAACCGGGAUUGUUCACCAACUAUAUGACAUAUCCGUUCAGCUCCUCCAAGCAUGUUCAGCUCUUCGAGACACCCUUUAACUUCUAUCAACGUCGCGCUCUUGUCGUUGAUGGAGGUGAAAACGCCAUUAUUACCUUUACGACCGCACAGGAUCUCGCUAGAGUUGUCGCUUUAGCUGUGGAGUAUGAAGGCGAAUGGCCUGUCAUCGGCGGCGUCCAAGGAGCGCAGGUAUCAGUCGCGCAGCUCAUUGCGCUAGGCGAGAAGAUACGUGGCGAGCCUUUCGACGUGACCAAGCUCAAGUCAGACGACCUCAAAGCAGGGGUAGUCAAGGCUCCUUGGUUCCCCAAGGUUGAGCACCCAUCGAUACCCCCCGAGACCUUAGAUGCCGUCGCUCCUAGCCUGCUUUCUGGCAUGCUGCGGGGUAUUGUGGCUGGAAACCUAGAGUGCUCUGACGAGUGGAACCGGCUCUUGCCUGAGUACGAGUUUACUCAACCGGAAGACUUUCUGGCCACCGCGUGGGCGGAGAUUGAUGCGGGAGCCACGACCGUGUUCAUGUCCUACUAG